AUGGCACCAGGAUCGGCGUCAACAAGACCACUAACGAAAGCGGAUUUGCGCAACUUACCAUCAAGAUUAGCAUAUGACAAUUUUAACAAUAAUUGGAAUACAUGGUGUAAGGACACAUAUGUGGGAAAAAUAAGGAACAGCGUGAAAACUACAUUACAGAAGCAUCCAAAUACAGAUAAAUGUUUGGAUAAGGUUCUAGGUGCCUGGUACUAUGUGAACAAAGUAAUGUUCUCCGGUAGUCCAUACCAUAAGGACCGUUGUGAGUAUUUUUAUUAUUGGCUAGGAGAUCUAAUAUCGGACAAAUUGGUAACAGGCUCUUCAUUUUCAACCUUCCUGAGUGAUGUUUACAAUGCAUUGGAAAAAUUAGGUGUUGAUCACAAGUGCAAAAAGAUAGAUGAAUUUAUUGCCAAGAGCACUUUCACCCAAAUGAGAAAAAUGUAUGAAUACUAUAGGGACUACCAGACUAUACAGGAACAGUUACAGAGAAGUGGAAACAAAUGUGAUAAGGACUAUGACCAACACCUGAAAGAUAUUCUUAAAGCAUAUAAUGGGGCGCAAAGUAAAUGUACUGCAGUAGGAGCAACUUAUAGUAAAUGGUGUAGUGGCUUCGAAGACAUGUUCACAGAGCAAAAAUAUAAGAACCUGCUCGAUCAGAAACGUACUGUAGACGAGGACUACCAUUGUUUGGAUCAAUUACCUUCGGAAUCAGCAUAUAGCGCACUUAAUAAUGUCAAAGAACACUGUAAUAAUGGUUCUGUGCUGGAAAAAGAGGCAACAAAGACUUCUAUGAAGCACUCACUGAAUAGUUACCAGGGCACCCCGGAUUAUGCGGAUAUAAUUAUAGACGGUUGGUGUUACGCAAAUGGGGAAGGGAAGAGUAAGUUGCCCACUGAUGACCUCUGCGAUUUUCUAUAUUAUUGGACGGGGGACUUGUUACCUGGAACACCCAAGAGUGUUCAGCUCUUUGCAGGAAUUAUGAGUGCAAUCUACGGGAACCUAGGGGAGUUCAAAAUUGAUGGUAAGUGCACUGAUAUGUAUGAUAAGAUUAGCACAGAUAUUUUUAAUAAGAUGAAAACAGUAUUUGAUUAUUCCAAGGACUACGGAACUAUAAAGAAGUUUGUACAAUAUACCCAGGCCGGGGGACCUUCCUGUACUGAUGUAUACUACCUUUACCUGGAUAGGGUUGCUACCGCGUAUCAAUAUAUGAAAACACACUGUCCAGAUGGAAUUGGGAGCAAUGAACAGUGGUGUAAAAACUUUAAGAGCAUAGCCGAAGAACGUACUUAUAACCAAUUGCUACAAUUAAAAUGUUCUUUAAAACAUACAUCAGAUUGUCCAAGAAACGCCACCGUCGCCGGUGCCAUAUCUGGUGCAUUAGCUUCAGUAGGAUUACCAACAAUUGUCGCUUUCUUCCUUCAUAAGUAUAAUCUUCUACCCUCCUGGUUUGGUAAACAUUUUAAAGGAGGAAGGAAGAACAUAAGAGGAAGGGAAAGAAGAUCGAAUCCCCGCAACGUGGACAUGUUUACGGACGACAGCUCUACAGAAACAUCUACAUAUGUUUCGACUGUAGAUUCGUCAUCAAAUUUAACAGAAAAUUCUAGCAUAUAUAAUGGCGAACGGCGACGACCACCAACAGGAAGAAAUAAUAAUGAUGGAAGGAGACAGCAACAACAGACGGCCGGAGGGGGGCAAAGGGGACAGAGUCACCGAAAUAUAGGCUACGGUCGCAUGUAA